GGAGGCAGCCCCGCCAGCGCAGCCCUUGCGCUGGUGCAUCCACCCUCUCUCUCUCGGCUCUUCCUCCCUUUGCUCGCACCAUGGCUGAUCAGCUGACUGAAGAACAGAUUGCUGAAUUCAAGGAAGCUUUCUCCCUAUUUGAUAAAGAUGGUGAUGGCACCAUCACAACAAAGGAACUAGGAACUGUCAUGAGGUCACUGGGUCAAAACCCAACAGAAGCGGAACUGCGGGAUAUGAUCAGUGAAGUGGGUGCUGAUGGUAAUGGCACUAUUGACUUCUCAAAAUUUUUGACUAUGAAGGCUAGAAAAAUGAAAGAUACGGAUAGUGAAGAAGAAAUCCGUGACGCAUUCCGAGUCUUUGACAAGGAUGGAAACAGUUACAUCAGUGCAGCAGAGCUAUGUCACAUCAUGAAAAACUUAGGAGAAAAACUAACAGAUGAAGAAAUAGUUGAAAUGAUCAGAGAAACAGAUAUUGAUGGAGACGGACAAGUCAACUAUGAAGAAUUCGUACAGAUGAUGCCUGCAAAAUGAAGACCUACUUUCAACUACAUUUUCCCCCCUCUAGAAGAAUCAAAUUGAAUCUUUUAUUUAUCUCUUGGAAAAAAAGAAAAAAGAAAAAAAAAGUUCAUUUUUUCAUUCUGUUUCUAUAUAGCAAAACUGAAUGUCAAAAGUACCUUCUGUCCACACACACAAAA